AUGGUCUGUUGCUGUGAUUAUAACAUAGCUGACCAUGUGAAUAUAAUUUGCCAACCCAUCAUCUCUCUUUUUCUUUCCGUUGUUCUUUUCCCCCUCCUCCUUUCUGUUGUUCUUUUCCCCCUCCUCCUUUCUGUUGUUCUUUUCCCCCUCCUCCUUUCUGUUGUUCUUUUCCCCCUCCUCCUUUCUGUUGUUCUUUUCCCCCUUCCUCCUUUCUGUUGUUCUUUCCCCCUUCCUCCUUUCUGUUGUUCUUCCCCCCCCCUUCCUCCUUUCUGUUGUUCUUUUCCCCCCUUCCUCCUUUCUGUUGUUCUUUUCCCCCCCCCUUCCUCCUUUCUGUUGUUCUUUGUUCCCCCCUUCCUCCUUUCUGUUGUUCUUUUCCCCCCUUCCUCCUUUCUGUUGUUCUUUUCCCCCUUCCUCCUUUCUGUUGUUCUUUUCCCCCCCUUCCUCCUUUCUGUUGUUCUUUUCCCCCCCUUCCUCCCUUUCUGUUGUUCUUUUCCCCCCUUCCUCCUUUCUGUUGUUCUUUCCCCCCCCUCCCUUUUUCUGUUGUUCUUUCCCCCCCCUUCCUCCUUUCUGUUGUUCUUUCCCCCCUUCCUCCUUUCUGUUGUUCUUCCCUUUUGUUUUUCCCCUUUCUUUUUUCCUUCAUUUGAACAGGAAUUGCCCAUGUUAAAAUAA